GUAAAAGAAUGCAAAGGGGGCGGAGUUCGCAGCUCCCUCACGGCUCAUUGCGAGAGGAGAUCGCUUUCUGUGCAGAAGACGCUCAAGUACUUGGCGCGAGAGCAGGCUACGACCUCGCCCCCAUGUCUUGAAUUACUGUCCUUUUGCAGCUUGGGAGACACACGCGGAGCCAGGCUGUGCGAAUCAGGGGGUUGCCCCGACUCUCGGGCGCUCAUGGAGGGAGACGUUAUGGACAAACUGGAGGACAUGGCUUCAGUCUGCGAGUUCGACCCAGUUUCGGGCAGCAUCCCUGCCACGAAAGUGGAGAUCACCGUGUCUUGCAGGAAUCUUUUGGACAAAGACACAUUCUCCAAAUCAGACCCAUUGUGUGUCUUGUACACCCAGGGAGUGGAAACCAAACAGUGGAGAGAGUUUGGAAGAACUGAGGUGAUUGACAACACCCUAAACCCGGACUUUGUCAGAAAGUACAUACUGGACUACUUCUUUGAGGAGAAACAGAAUCUUCGCUUUGACUUAUAUGAUGUCGAUUCCAAAAGCCCUGAUCUGUCAAAGCAUCCCUCCGAACUCAGCGACUUCCUGGGCCAGGUGUUCUGCACCCUGGGGGAGAUUGUGGGGUCCCCAGGGAGCCGUUUGGAGAAGCCGCUUGGUGGGAUUCCGGGGAAGAAAUGUGGCUCCAUCAUUCUGUCUGCUGAAGAGCUGGGGAACUGCAGGGAUAGUGCCACCAUGCAGUUCUGCGCCAACAAGUUGGACAAGAAGGACUUCUUCGGGAAGUCAGACCCGUUUAUGGUGUUUUACAGGAGCAACGAGGAUGGAACACACGUGAACCCUGUGUGGCAGGCUUUCUCCAUCCCCGUCCGGGCGCUCUGCAAUGGAGACUUCGACAGGACGAUCAAGGUGGAGGUGUAUGACUGGGACCGUGAUGGCAGCCACGAUUUCAUCGGGGAGUUCACCACCAGCUACCGAGAGCUGGCACGGGGGCAGAGUCAGUUCAAUGUAUACGAGGUGGUGAAUCCUAAAAAGAAAAUGAAGAAAAAGAAGUAUGUCAAUUCUGGAACGGUGACUCUAUUGUCAUUUACUGUGGAAUCUGAAUAUACCUUCCUCGACUACAUCAAAGGAGGGACCCAGAUCCACUUCACGGUGGCUAUUGAUUUCACCGCCUCUAACGGUAAUCCAUCCCAGUCCACGUCGCUGCACUAUAUGAACCCGUACCAGAUGAACGCCUAUGCCAUGGCGCUGAAGGCAGUAGGCGAGAUCAUCCAGGACUACGACAGCGACAAGAUGUUCCCCGCGCUCGGCUUUGGUGCAAAGCUACCGCCCGACGGGCGUGUUUCACACGAAUUCCCCCUGAAUGGCAAUAUUGAAAACCCGUACUGCAAUGGGAUGGAGGGGAUUCUCGAGGCCUACCACCAGAGCCUGAAGACUGUCCAGCUUUACGGCCCGACCAAUUUCGCCCCAGUCGUCAAUCACGUGGCCAGGUACGCGGCUGCUGUGCAGGACGGCUCACAAUACUUCGUCCUCCUCAUCAUCACCGAUGGAGUCAUAUCAGACAUGGCCCAGACCAAGGAGGCCAUCGUGAAUGCAGCUAAGCUUCCGAUGUCGAUCAUCAUUGUUGGAGUUGGCCAGGCUGAGUUUGAUGCCAUGGUGGAGCUGGAUGGCGAUGAUGUGAGGAUCUCCUCUCGAGGGAAGCUGGCGGAGCGAGACAUCGUCCAGUUUGUUCCAUUUCGGGAUUACAUGGACCGGACAGGUAACCACGUGCUGAGCAUGGCCCGACUGGCCAAGGAUGUCCUUGCUGAGAUUCCGGAUCAGUUCAUCUCCUACAUGAAGUCACGCGGCAUCAAGCCCAACCCAGCCCCACCCCCCUACACACCCCCAGGACACACCAUGCACACACAGAUUUAAGCCCACCUAUCGGGACUGGCAAUAGGGAGGUCCCAGGGCUGCAAUGGGGGGUGGAAACUACUUUUGAACUUACUGCAGAAUUUGAAAACAAGUUCCUGCCUUCUUGAACUCUGGCCUGACCUAAACAUCCAAAGGCACGGUUUUCUGUUUCUAACAAGCAUUUUGUUUUUCUCGGUUGAAAGAAACAAAAAAGAGGUUUGAUGUGCAGCUGAGAGAUGCCAGGACCGUGGAGAGGUUCCUUUAGUAUUCUUUCCUGGGUGAAGUGCAUGCAGAGAAGAGGAACACCAGAACGGAAUGAAAAAGAAGAACGGUAUUAGCGAUUUAGAGUUGUGGCGUCUGUGGUCGUCUAAAUGUCCUGGGUGGCGCAUCCCUGCUUGACUCCUCCAAGCAGAUUCAUUGUAUUAGAGCGUGUGCGUUUGGGUGAUGUUUCUAGAUAACUUUCUGAAUGGUAAUUUAUGAAGCGUCCACAUUAUGACUUUACAAAUUUAUAAACUAUUUAUUAUGGGGGUGGGGGAAGUGCAGGUCUGUUUUUCAUCAUAGCUUUUGGUCUUUGCUCUUUCUUUUUUGUCAGUGAGCUAUCUUUAUUUCCAUAUAUAACAUGGAUAUAACAGCAUGAGGGUGUGGGUAGAAUCAAAAUUCCUACUUUUGUAUACAGUACAUAUUUGCCUUUGUCUUUAGAUUCCAUGGACAAAAGGCGAAGUCCACAGCACAGGGAAUUGUUCUGGUGGAAACCAGCUGUGAAUAUUUUUACUGUCCACCUCAGUGAAUUUUGCCCUUUUGAAGAUGAUUUAAAAGAACACACUGACUGAGAUGAGAAGCACAAACCUAACCUUACAUGCAUUAUAAUGGGAAUAUUCCAAACCAGCAGCUGGCACAAUGAUGAUUUAGAUUAAUGAUAGUGUGUAUCCAUCUUUGCAAGCUGAGGUACAAUUUAGAAGCAUGGAAAUUAGUUGUGCUGUUUUUUCCUUUUAGUCCAUUGAGGGCAAGCCUUGUAGUGGCCCAACCCCUCCAUUUGAAAGCAUGAAAAGCUCUGCCACAUUUUGGACCCACAAUACCUGCAUUGCUGGACAGAGACCCAGGCUUGUGCCCUGUGGGCAGUCGUUUCCCCAGCCCUUAGCACAAACAGGAGAUGCCAUAAGUUGUGUUAGCUUUCAUGCUGGGGAAUGGCUAGCCUGAGUGGCUAAGUAAUUACAUAAAGCUAAGAGGCCAAACUAGGCUAAGACGCCAGGCAAACCAAAAUAGCCAGGCUGAGCUGGGUAGCUGCACUCGGCUACGUGGCCAUGCAAAUUGCUCUGCCACGCUUUUAUGGGUUUUAUCCUGAGAACAUUAGACAUGUGUCUGUUCUGCGUCAUGGCUACCACUUUUCCAUUUCACAAAUGAAAUGAAUCCAAAUUAAUUUUGAUGUCCUCUUUCUGAGAUAUACCAAACCAGUUUACAUGGGGCUCGACAAUGACAACAUUGUAGGGGAACCAAAAUUGGCUUCAUCUAAUACUGACCACACUUCAUUUAAAAAUGCCCCCUCCCCAUCUCACUUUCUGAUAGAAACCUCACUACUUGCUGCUCUGUAUUUUCAUAUUUAAGAAAAUCUGGGAGUUUUAACUAAAGGUGUUCUGUGUUAGAGAAUGCAGACUAUAUCGACUCUCUUUUAUUUGUUUGUUUAUCACACCCAUCAGACAUUGAUAAAUUCCCCACGGAGUGUGGACGUUUUUAACAAUACUUUGAACAGAAUUCUUCUUUUGUAUGAUUGUUACAAUCUGGUGAAUAAUGUUUCAUGAACAAUUCAAAUGGACUUUCAAUAGCGUCUUAGUUGAAAUAGUUGGCCCACAUCUGGUUUGGAAUCGUAGUGGCUGGAAUAGUUAGUCAGAAGACGAUUGGAAGAGAAAAAAAUUGCAGUGUCCUUCAACUAGUCCCAUUGUUGCUGAAGCUGUGAAAAUUUAACUGACUUAAACUUCUUGCUGUUCCUUGGGGGCUUGAUUUAAACUGCAUUACCAAGCAUGUUUGUCUGUACAGCCCCCCCCCCCUCCCCAAAGAGAAACUAUAACUAGAAGAAAGUUGAAGAGGAACAAAUGGUGAUGGUUACUUGCUGGAGCAUUUUAUAUGCAUUGUGUAUUAGUACAAACCCAUGUAUUCUUCUGUGUAGACUUGAUGAGCAUGUUAGUCCCUUUGCACAGAUUGCCAAAUCUGGACAAUCUUCAUCCAUUUAGGGGGUGUUCUCUUUAAGGCUUUUUAAAUCCAGAUGUGAACAUCACAGAGAAUUUUAAAAUGGCUCAAAUGAAGCAAGACAUAUGUACUAUUUACAAUACUAACUACUACUAAUCAAACCAACUAUCUAGAUUGGAUUAUAUUCCUGAUAUAGGUAUAUAUAAAGCGUCACAAAUGCACAUACAUGUAUCUUGGUGAAAAAGUUCUCUUCACUUUGAAAUGAAAUACUGAAAUCACAUAUAUAGUAUAACUGAUAAAACUAUACAUUCUAUAGAUUUUGGAUCAUAAACUCCUUGACCACAAGUGUACAAAAUCUGAGGGUGAUAUGCUCAGAUCUACUAAAGAUCUAUGAAACAAUAAGCGAUCAGCAUACUCUGGUGUCCCUUAGUGUCUCCAAAUCUAUCCAAAAUGUCUAAAUUGAGCAUUGCUGUAAAUCAUAACAUAACAAUAUAUUUCACUACAAAUCAACUGUUUUGAUUCAUGAAACUCAUGCCGGCAUUCUGGCCACUAGGGGGCUUGUGCAAAGGGGUUAAUGGUGUUUUCAAAUCUUUGAAGGGAACUAACAGGCAAUCAUUUUCAAUGAGGUUGAGCUCACACACACUGCAAUCUUCUUUCAUCCAAUAUGCAGAGGGAUAUGCCCAGUUUCCAAGGUGGGCCUGUUUCUAUCGGAGCAUUUAUUUCUAAAUGUAUUAAAUCUUUAAUGAAACAAAUAAUUGUGAACAAACUAAUGGUAUUUAGCCAGAAAACUGGGCACAAUGCCCCCCCCCCCUUUUCUAUUUUUAUUAGCAUAUUUGUUCUUUCCUGUGUUUUCAAGCGAUGGUGCGAUUUUUACGGACUUGAUUUAAAUGAAUCUUUCUACUGGUGCAUUUUGGGUUACAGGAGUGGUGACCUAGCCCGCUGAAGCCACAGAAGAGGGAAAGGGGGCUGACAAGCAGUUGACAGGAAUAGCUCUCAAGCUUCCUUUUCUCGUUGAGUAGGGGAACUGAUCUGUUUGAAUGGUUUUAAAGAUGAUGAAACAGCAAGCUUUUCAAAUGUUGCUUUGAUAAUUAUUAAAUAAUUAAUAAUUAUUAAAGCAACACUUUGAAAAGCUUGCUGAUUUAGCAUGACUCCUCAGUUCAGGAAUAAUUUGUCAGGAAUAAAUAAUCUGGGUUUUUGCCAAAAUGAAAAUUAACUGCAAUGAUUUAUUCAUGCCUUGUCUAUUUGGCAUCUUAAAGAGUACAUUUUAAUGAAAGAUGGUAUCAACUGGUCAUUCACUUCCUUGAUCUAUUGGGCACUUUGAUCAGUCUUGAUCAACUGAUUCUUUCUUAUAGUUUCUGGAAAGUCAUUAUCCAUGUAACUCUGUCAGGUUAUUUCAGGGUAUAAUUUCAAAAGGGUAACAGCAAAAAGUGAUAAUGGUUGCUGGCUAAAGAAAUGCACUCAAAAAUCUUUGCUAAUGUACUCUCUUUAACCAUUUGAAGAGUAGGUAUUUUGGAAUGUUCUUUUCUAAAGUCAUUGUUCUAUAACUGCAUUGUUUAUACCAGUGGUGAUGGUGACAUCAGCAUUAUAAUGUUGUUGUUCUAUUCACAUAUUUGUGAUUUCUUGUGACCUUAAAGGGAUAUCCACUUUGAUAUAACACAAGUCAUUUUGUGGCACUUGUCCCAUUGUUGCGGCAAGUACUCUUAUCAAUCUGUUAUCCUCCAUAGUUAGUUUGUGCUUUAAAACUAUGAAUUUUGGUGAGGUCCUGAAAAUGAAUGGGAGAGAAUUGGGAACCUGAAAACCGAGAGGAACAGCAAUGUCAUUAAUAAUAUGCAUGCUAUGCAAAUACAAUAGGGUAACCACCACAGAAUUACUUGUUAUACCAAAGUGAACUAUCCCCUUAAAGGGUUAAGGGAUCUGGACUCAAGAGCACACAACCUUCCCCAGAUUGAGGUACUGCUAGUAACACCCUAUACAAGAAACAAAUGUGAAUCCAUCGAGAGAUUUAAUUUUUCAGGAAUGUUUUUAACCUGCUGAUCAAUAGAGGAUGUCAUUAAGUUGCACCUGUCCUACUUGUUCUAAUAUCUAUAGUACUUGAAAAUUUUCACAGCUGUUUUGAACCUGCUUUUAUGCUGUGCACCAUUUUCCAUGUGCAUUCUACUCUGUUGCCAUAGUAACCGCUUAAAACAGAGCAAUCGUUUGUUUAUAAGUGAAGCAUCUGCUGGUUGUACUAGUUAAUAGUUGAAUUUUUUAGGCAGAUUUUUUUUUCUUUUUGGAACUGUAUGCGAAAAGUAUAGUAGACAGUGUCACCCCUAAAGGCUCUUGCUGAGCUCUGUACAUGGUGUACAUGGAGCCAUAUGUGAAGAGUACGCUCAGUAUCCAGUGCCAGCAUCUGUAACAUAUAAACAUCCUCCCAUCUGGACAGUGUGCAUGUUAGUGCCAAAAAGGCAGGAAGUUCAGUGGACUGUGUAAUUUCUCUUUACUUAUGCCCUACGAUACGCUGAGUAAUUGGUUUGUUUAUGACAAAGAUUAUUCUAUUUGAAACCUGUAGCCACCCAGCAUGUCUAAGUUACCAUUUAUUGUUUUCCUUGUUAUUAUCUAAUAGUUUUUUCCUUUCCUUUUCAUCUUGCUCAUUUACCUCUCUCAGUCUAUUUUGCAUGGUGAAUUUUUUCAAACCAAACUUUGUUGUACAUUAUUGUCGUCAUAUGGUGGGUUGUGAAAUGCUUUGUAUUGGAUUGCCUUAAAUUAAAUUAAUAAAAUUAAUAAAAAGAAAUGGCUACUUUUACAGAAA